ACUUGCCGGAAGUGGCGCACAGCCGCUGCCUUGAACGCGCGCACAACGUUAGUGCUUGUUCCAAACGAGGAGGCACCUGGACCUGGAGCCACUUCCUCUGUCCGCGCGCUCUGCUGGGGUUCUGCAGAGUGUGUGAAAAAAAUCCUUAAGACUAUUGAAAAUGUUUCAAGUGACAAAAUUUAGCCAGUGCCUCUGAAUGAUGGAGAACCAGAAGAUUGGAAAUGGUUUGCAAGUGACUGAUAUAGGGACAUCUGCACUCCACAUGGUGGGGUAUUUGGGGAAAGACUGUAGUCCUGAAGCAAGUCCAGAUGAGUGCUGUCCAGUUUGCAGGAAGAAAGGCCUGAUACAGUCUUUAAGAACAUAUCGUAUCAAUUUUAAGGAAUCUAUUUUCCUAUGUGAAAAUCCACAGUGCAUCUACCCUUUAGGCUUUGAACCACUAAGCAACAUUAUUACUCCCAUUGAUCCAAAAGGUUCUCAGUCUCAGGGAACCAACAGGAAAAGGAAGUUUUUCAGCACAAACCCUGUGACACCUUCUGUCGAACCACAUUCAAAAUUGACAAGGAGUGAUAACUUGAUAGACAAUAAGCAAACAUUGACUCCUAAUCUUAUUCCCAAGUGCAAUGGAAGCCAUCUGUUUAAGACCGACUUGGGGCAACCUGAUUUUUCAGAAACCCAUCAGCCAGACAUUUGUAAUGCUACUGAAUCCAUGGAGAUGCAAAUGGACUUGGAAAUGUCAGCUACAGAAAACUUACCUGGGAUGUCCAGUGUGCAAACACAGAUUUUGUCAGUUCCUGAAAGCGGUUCAUCACUGUCUCAGACUUUGCCUCAAGACAAACCAUCUCUACCAGAACAAUUGUGGCUUCAGUGGCAGAAUGUGCAUGCUCUCUGCUGGUUAGAUUGUAUUCUGUCGGCACUUGUGCAUUUAGAGACACUAAAAAAGAUCCACAGUGAAUCCAGCUCAGAAAGUACAUCUGUAAUCCAUAGACUGUUCACAAAAUAUAACCAAGCAAUUGCACUUGUGAAUAAUUGCCAAAGAGGUGAAGCUAUUUCAGAGAUUCCUUCAGAGGUUAUGUCAAAAGCUGAAUUGCAUCUUAAUGAAAUCAGGAACAUCAUUUUUGGCCAGGUUCAGCCUCAACUUAAAUGCAAAUUGGGUGAGGAGGAAAGUCCAGUUUUUGCUUUUCCUCUACUUCUACGCAAAGACUCAAAAAUAGAGAAUUGCUUUCUCCAUUCUUUUUCGUGGAAUUUUGAAUGCUUACAGUGUGGCCAUCAAGUCUUUGACAGGUGUAAGACAACGUUGACAACCUUUACAAAUAUAAUUCCAGAAUGGCACCCCUUAAAUGGUGUUCAUAUUGCUCCUUGUAAUAACUGUAAUCACAAAUCUCAAAAAAGAAAAAUGGUUUUGGAAAAUGUCCCCUCGGUACUUAUGAUGCAUUUCGUCGAAGGUUUGCCACAUAAUAACUUAACAGCCUACUCAUUUCAAUUUCAAAAUGAUUUCUACCAAGUAAAAGCUGUUGUUCAAUACCAGAAGUCAGAAAAACACUUCAUAACGUGGGUCUUGAAUUCUGAUGAAACAUGGCUUGAAUGUGAUGACUUAAAGGGCUCGUACUGUAGAAGACACAAGAGCUUUACAGUUCCUCCAGAGGAGAUUCACAUUGUCAUCUGGGAGAGACCGGCGCCACAAAAGACCAGUGAUAGCUAUUUGCAGUUGCAAAGUCAACAAUCCACGAGAAUUCCCCUUUUAAAGGGAGACCCAAAAUCACCAGUGAAAAAUCUUAACAAGCAUCUUGAAAAUCAUUCUUUCAUUAGUGAUCGUGAGGAUAGUCUGGAUGCAAAUAUAAAUAAGAUGCAAACCUUAGAUGGCAAUAACCAAAGCAAUUUGCUUUGGGGUUUUGAGAAUCUGACCGACAAUGAUGUUAUAACAUUGAAUCUUAUAAGCGUCCCACUUGACUCAGAAGGUAAACCACUAGAAGAAAAACAUAUAGUGCAAAAUAACCUGUUAGCCAAUGCAGGAACACCACAGCUGCAAGAUGUAGGUCAGAUUAAUACGCUUCCACUUACUUCUGAAGAAAACAUUUCUCAUAAUGAGAGCAUUCUGUCUGAGCACAGGACUGUUCCCUUGCAUCAAGAACAGCCAGGCAACGCAAGUAACCUAUUUAUUAUGCCAACAGUUCUUCUAAGCACUGGCAAUAACUUACAAGCAUUAGCAGUUCAGGAGGCAGAACCUGAAGCCAACCUAGUUCCUGUUAAAGAUAGCAGCUUGGCGAAUGCCAAAAAUGAAGCCAGUAAAACAAAAUCCAAGAAAACUUGCCAGAGAGCACCUAAUACGUUGGAGAACAAAAGAGAAAUCACAGGAGAUUGCCAUGUUCCUGCUUCAAGUAAUUCCUCUCAGUCACAACCUAAGAAUGGAAUGAAAUCAGUCAGUUGGGUGAAGACUUUGCUUGGAAAAUCUCCUUCUGUUCCUAAAAGUGCUUCAGCUUUUAUAAACGAGGAAAAGCCCUCUCAAAAAGAAACUCCUUUAUCUGGCAGGCAUGCCCUUCACUUCCAUGGCUUUGAAGCAAAGUCUUCAAGAAAACUGGUCAGGAAGGAUUCCCCACCUAAGAAUCUGCUCCGACCUUCUGCAACUUCUCUUUCCCAUCCCACUAUUAAAAAGCAUGCUGCUGUUGCAAGUGAACGAACUGUAACUAACAAACCAGGCUCUUGGGUGACUUUGAAUAAGCAAAUUCAGCCCAAUCUAAAUAACAAUGAAAAUAAAAACUCUCCAUCUCUCGAAAAUGGCAAGUCAGGUGUUGAUCAGACACAACAACUCCGCCUUGAACUUCUUCAGCAGCUUAAAGCUAAAAAGGCAAAACUGGCUUCUCUAGACAAACUAGCAAAAGCUCGAGUUAGAAAGAAAAGAUCUUCCAAGAAAACAGAGAAGAACCAGUCACAACCUGGAUCCCAGAAAGAAGGGGAUUCCCUGCAGAGACUGUUAAGGGAUCUGCAACACCAGAUUGAUGUUGAAGAUAGUAAAUCGAUGAAUUCUCCAACCACCACUGUGUCACAGUGCAGCAGUUCAAGUUACGAUGACAUUUUAUCUGAGCUGCUGUCUCCAGCCACAACUAUUGCGUCCUUGGAGCUUCCGCAUGAAGAAGAAUGUAGAUACCUGGAAAUGGGGGGCAGCAGUCCAACUUCUUCCAUAUUGAAUGAGAACCCUAAUGAGAUUAUAAGUCAUGACCACAACUAUUACAAUCCAGAAAAGCAAAAUGAAGGUGAGGAUCACGCAGACUUGUUAGCAGUCAGGUCACCUCUGAAGAAACUUGACUUUGACAAUCCUGAAAAACAAGAUUUUCUGGAUGAUCUUUUCCCUGGUUCCAUGUUGAAUUCAAUAAUGGCUGAUGCUGAAGACUUGAAUAAUUUUGACGAAACUCUAUUAGCUUGGUAAAUUGUGUUUUAACAAUUGGACAUGUUUUUAUGAGUUGGCUUUGAAAGCAAACAUUGACAUUUUUGAGCAAAUUUGCACAUGGUUUAACAUUAAUAUGUGAAAUAAUAAUAAUAAAUGUUAUUUGUACCCCCACCAUCAUCUCUCCGAAGGGACUUGGAGUGGCUCACAAAGCACUUCGGAAUGUUGCAUAUACAAUGAACAGUACAUAAACCUAAAAAUGAAUAAUAACAUAAAGUUACAAUCUCCCACAAAUAUAAAAGCACAUAAUAAAAUAUUAAAAUUCAUAAAACGCAGUUGUAACUGCGGAUAAAACUGGUUCUCAACCAGUGAAACAUUUUUAUGGGUAAAUGUUUCUUUCUUCAUCUGUGAACACAUUUUUGUGAGUAAAUGUAUUUUUCUUGUGUGAUGAAUUGGGUCUUAGAUGGGAGAGAGGGAAAGUUGAAUUUUAAUCCUGUUUCAAAUAUAAUUGACAAAGUAUGAAAUUCUGAAAUGCCAGAAUUAAAAGACAUUAAAGACAAUUAUCAUUUAUCAUUUCAAUUAUCAAUUAUCAUUUCAAGAUCACUUAAAUCAAAGUACAGAAUGUUGAACUGUAAAAAGAUAUAAGCUAGCACACAUACAAAAGCUCAAUUAUUUCAGGUUGGUAUGCUGUCAGAACUAACAUAUUUUGUACAUUGGCCUAGCCAAUAGGUUUUAAAUGCAUGCAGUUGAGAGCCAGCAUAGUUUAGUGGUUGGGCAUCAGACAAAGACUGGAAACCAGGUUGAUUUUUCUCUCAGCUAUUAAAACCUACUAGGAGGCCUUGGGGAAGUCACAGAGUCUCAGCCCCAGAAAAAAAAACCCAUGAUAGGUUCACCUUAGAGUCACUAUAAGUCAGAAAUGACUUGAGGAAGUGACAUUCCAACUAAGAUGGCUCUGAUUUAAAAAAAAUAUUUUUAUUAAAUGCAAGGAUGGCUCUGAUGCAAACAUGAAGGCAGUGCAUUGUUGGCUAGAGAGGCAGGAAGGGAAUGGGGUGAAGGGAAUGCAAGGAGGUGUGCUAGUGAAAGGUGGACUGUCGAGGGAAAGAAGAACAAGAAGGGACCCUAAUAGUAAGUUUGCAGCUGAUAUAUUUGGUUGCUCCUUUUGCCUCAUGGGUUCAUAAAAGGAGGCAGUUAUAGUGCUCUGGUUUUCUCAGAUCAUUAUGCCUGGUUGUUGCAUCCCUUCAAGCUGUUCCUUGACUUAUGAGAAAGCUAAGGCAAACAUCCAAGUUUUUCUUGAGAUUCAUUCAGCGGGUGUUUACCAUAGUCCCUCUGAGGCUGAGAGUGUGGCUUGCUCAAGGUCACCUGGUUUAUUACCAUGGCUGAGCAGGGAUUCGAACCCUGGUCUUCAGAGCUGUUGCCUGGUGCUCAAACCACUAUCUUCCAAGGCAGGUUUCUUGCCUGGUCGAGCAGCAAAUUCCUGUUAUUACUGUAAGGCAGAGCAGGGCAGGUUGUGGUGAGACUGGUGAAAGUGCUUUCUUUCCAGGGAAAGGAAAAGGGUAGGACCAUACACCAGUUUUUACUUCCUAUUUUAUUAUGAGACUUCUCACACCGUUGACACCACCCAGCCCUAAUGAUAACCAAUGAGGAAAAAAAGUCCAUGGAUAGUUUACAUGAUAUCACAGACAAGCAAAAAUAAUCCUCUCAUAAUCCUGUAUUUGCUGCCCCAUUCAGAGGUCUUUUAAAAUUGUCGAGUAAGUCUUUUGUCAGAACUGUUUGCAAUUAUAAUCCAGAUUACUGAUAAUGCUCUGAUAUUUGUAGAUGUAAUAUACUGUGAUUAUUUUAUUACAUUUUGUUGCCUACAAAGUUUGCACUUGAAAAGUACAAUAAAAUUCUUAAAAAGAAA